GAAAUAUCAGUUCAUUCAAAUUCAGUUGUUGUUUUAUUGAAUCUGUAAAGAAACAGAAGAAGAAGUAGAAGUAGAAGAAGAAGAAGAAGGAUGUGCUCUUUCUGAAAUGUCAUUUGGAAUAAUUAAGAAUAUGAAUUACUAUCUAAUAACUAGUUUUAUAUUAUUGAAUAAUGGUUUAUCAUUUAAAACAAAUCCUUUUGAUAAUGUCAAUAAUAUUCAUCUACAACCAUCAAUAGAAAAUACCAUGAUUAAUAAUAAUAAUUCUAAUCUUGUUUAUACUGAUUUACAUAAUGACAAAACAAUAACAUGUUUAUCGGAUAAUCCAAUUGUCCAUACAUCUGUUGGAAUCUAUUGUGGAUUACGUGAAAUAGUUCAUUGGCCUAAUGGACCAGCAUCAAUGGUUGAUGUUUAUUAUGGUAUACGUUAUGCUCAAUCACCUACUGGUUCAUUACGCUUUAAAAAACCUGUAGAACCUAUUCCUGAACCAAAGAAAAUUUUUAUGGCCGAUAAAUUACCUUCUACUUGUCCACAACCAAAAGAUACAAUGUUUCAAAAUUCAGCGGCAGCUAGAAUGUGGGUACCAAAUACACCAAUGUCAGAAGAUUGUCUUUUCUUAAAUAUUUGGGUACCUUUAAAGGAAUCGAAUAGUAGCCAUUCGAAUUCAAAAGAAAAACUUGCAGUUAUGUUAUGGAUAUACGGUGGUAGCUUUUAUAUGGGAACAGCAACAUUGAGCGUAUAUGAUGCGAGAUUUUUAGCUGCUAGACAAAAUAUUAUUGUUGCAUCAAUGAAUUAUCGUUUGGGUUCAUUUGGUUUCCUUUAUAUGAAUACGGAAGAAGCACCAGGUAAUAUGGGUCUUUGGGAUCAACGUUUAGCUAUGAAAUGGAUUAAAGAUCAUAUUGAAAAUUUCGGUGGUGAUCCACAUCGUAUCACUCUUUUUGGUGAAUCAGCUGGAGCUGUAAGCGUGAGUACACAUGUCGUCAGUCCAUGGUCUCAUUCAUAUUAUAACAAUGCAAUAAUGCAAUCUGGUUCAAUUUUUAGCAACUGGGGUCUUGCAACAAGUGAAGUAUCACUAAAUCAAACGCAAAGGCUUGCAAAAAUUCUUGGCUGUGGAUAUCGAUCAUCAAUGGAUCAAAUUAAAUGUUUACGAUCAAAAUCAAUUACAGAAAUAUUAGAUGCACAUGAUACAAUGUAUGAUCCAGCUAGUUAUUUCUCUGUACCAUUUCCACCUGUAUUAGAUAAUAAUUUUUUUCCAUAUGAAAAUAGUCAAUCAUUUCGUCAAUUAAAAUAUCUUAAACCAUCAGGUGCUUUAAUGUUUGGUAUUAAUAAAAAUGAAGGUAGUUAUUUUUUAUUAUAUGCAUUUGUAUCUAAUUCAAAAUGGAUGAAAAAUUUAACUGAUUUACCAAUUACAAAUCGUAUGGAUUAUUUAAGAUGUCUUCGACAAGUUCUAGAUCUUGAUGAUGAUGAUCGACCAGAAUUUACAGAACCAUUAAUACGUUAUACAGAUUUUGAAUAUCAAACAUAUCAACAAUUGCCUACACUUGAAAGUUGGACUGAAAGACUAGAAGAAAUCAGUAGUGAUAGAAGUUUCAAAUGUCCUACGAUCAAUAUGGCAACUGCUGUAACUAAUGAUUAUCGUAUACCAGGUCGACGUCGUGCUCAUACGCUUCCUGUAUAUUUUUAUGAAUUUCAACACAGAACACUUUCAUUACCAAUGCCUAAAUGGACUGGUACGAUGCAUGGUUAUGAAAUUGAAUAUGUUUUUGGUAUUCCAUUUAGUCCUCAGUUUCAGGCUAGCUUUUAUCGGUUCACAGAUGAAGAACGUCAACUCAGUGAUAUUAUGAUGACGUAUUGGGCUAACUUUGCACGCACAGGGGAUCCUAAUAUUUUACCAGAUGGUCGACACGUGACUGAUAAUGUAAAUCCAGAAGAUCCAGAUGAAAUAACUGGAAGUGAGUUAGAAGGUUCAUUGAAUCAUAAACAAGGGCGUAAAAAUCCAUUCAUUGGAUGGCCUGAAUUUCGAAAUAGUACAAAAGCCUACAUCGUUUUUCGUUCAGCUCCGGCAAACCUCCUUGUUAGCACAAGACCACGUCACCGUCAAUGCUUGUUUUGGCGUCGUUGGUAUCCGGCGUUACUACAACAAGUUGAGCGCAAUCGCCAGCAUUGUUUAGGUGUGUAAAAUUCAAUACACUGGUGAACUACUAACUACAGGUAUCAUCUAAUAUCAACGGAAAUGAAAAUGAAUAACAGUCAACAAUUGUUUCAUAAGAAUAUUAAAUAUAAUAAUUGAUUAGUAUAUCAU